AUGCGGGAGGACAGCUCUGGGCGCCUUCUGAGUCUGCGCCCGAAACGUCCCGUCAGCGCAGACCCCCUCUCCAGGCUGCCCCGGGCAGGAGGAGGGCAUGGCUUAGAGCCUUCGGGGCCAGCAGCCCGGCGUCGUUGGCUCCAGGGACGUCGCGGCAAAGGGCAGCGGGCGCUCCCUGAGAAGAGGGACGAGGUCCCGGCCCGAGCACCCCCGGAACUGGAACUCGGGGGCCGCGACUUGCCGAAGACCGUGCCGCGCUCCCCGGAGACGCGCGGCCCGCGCCCGGGUGCCAUGCGGGGCGGCCGCCGCCCGCUCGCCGCUGCCCGAACCCCCGCCGCCCUCCUGCGGCUGCUGCUGGCCGCGCUGCUGGCGGCGGGCGUGCGGGCCAGCGGCGAGUACUGCCACGGCUGGCUGGACGCGCAGGGCGCCUGGCACGUCGGCUUCCAGUGCCCCGAGCGCUUCGACGGCGGCGACGCCACCAUCUGCUGCGGCGGCUGCGCGCUGCGCUACUGCUGCUCCAGCGCCGACGCGCGCCUGGACCAGGGCGGCUGCGACAACGACCGCCAGCAGGGCGCCGGCGAGCCCGGCCGCGCGGACAAAGACGGCUCGGACGGCUCGGCAGUCCCCAUCUACGUGCCAUUCCUCAUCGUUGGGUCCGUGUUUGUCGCCUUCAUCAUCUUGGGGUCAAUCGUGGCCGCCUGUUGCUGCAGAUGUCUCCGUCCUAAGCAGGAGCCCCAGCAGAGCCGGGCCCCUGGGGGGAGCCGCUUGAUGGAGACCAUCCCCAUGAUCCCCAGUGCCAGCACUUCCCGGGGCUCGUCCUCCCGCCAGUCCAGCACAGCUGCCAGCUCCAGCUCCAGCGCCAACUCCGGAGCCCGGGCGCCCCCAACGAGGUCACAGACCAACUGCUGCUUGCCUGAGGGGACCAUGAACAACGUCUAUGUCAACAUGCCCACGAACUUCUCUGUGCUGAACUGUCAGCAGGCCACCCAAAUUGUGCCCCAUCAAGGGCAGUAUCUCCAUCCCCCGUAUGUGGGAUACACGGUGCAGCAUGACUCGGUGCCCAUGACUCCUGUGCCGCCUUUCAUGGACGGCCUACAGACGGGCUUCAGGCAGAUCCAGGCCCCCUUCCCUCACACUAACAGUGAACAGAAGAUGUACCCAGCCGUGACCGUGUGACUCAAGGUGCCGACUGGGUUCCAUUAUGAGACCGAGGAAAGAGGAAGCUGUGGAGUCGGCAAGGAUUCUCAAAACGGCAGUCCAUGCAUGCUGGGGAUGUUCAUGGCACAAUUCAUUUGGAUAGUUCCAUUUGCCCCCAAACUGUGUGAAAACAUCUCUCUCUGAAUUAGCUUUUGUGGAUGUUUUAUCCCAGUGCAUGAUCGAUCUAUGACGGAAAAGGACAUCACCUGGAGAUGCCUGUGUUGUCACUGAUGGUUGAAUGACAAAUCUUGAGCCCUUAAGUGCCCUUGAGGUAUGGCUGUCAAAAGAUUUUUGUAAACAGAUGAUUAAGGGUGUUUAUUAUAUUGUUAUUAUUAUUAUUGUUUCUUUUGUUUUUGUUUUUUACUGUACCCAAUCAGAAUACCUAUUCCUUGCCUCUUACCUGGGUAAGGCUUUUAUAAGCAUCCAAGGUUUAGGGAAAGAUAUUAGAACACAAUUAUUAUACAAGGAAAUCCAAUUUGAGCUCCAUGAGAUUAGUCAUUGGUCUCAGUAUUUCAUAGGUAUUCUUUCUUUCAUUGUAAAAAGACAUAUAAAUGGUCUAUUUUUGUGCUUUUUUUUGGUCUAUUUUGUGCUUUUUUACCUUGUGUAGAGAUCUUAUUACAAAGUGAUUUUCUACAUUAAAAAGAGACUGAAAGAAUUUGUUUAGUUACUUAACUAAUGACGUUUCAGAACUCUAGGGUUUUAAUCUUGAAAUGGUGGGUGGUGUAGUAAUAAAGCCAUUCAUCCCCUUCUUGAUUGUAUCUUCUAAUUUUCCAACUUUACAGUGACAUCUGAGAAGUAACUAGACUUUUUUAUGUUGAAAUUAUAAUCUAUCACCUGCUACUUCUACAAAUUACGUAUGGCUUGGCAUUUCUUUCUAUUUGGUUUUUAGAUCCCCAUGUCUAUGUAGGACCCAGUGCAGGUAAUUACUGUCUUAUAAAUUAAGAUCAGCAUUUCUGCUUAGAACUGAUAAAAUAUUUCUUGUUUCCCCUAUAAAUAUCAAAGAAAUGCUUUAUAAAGGUUGAGUAUAGCUUCUCAGCCAUAAUCCAAGGUUUUGGAUGAAAUUUAAACCACAAAUAUAAUUUACUUUGCAAAUCUUAAGGCUUUUUAUACUCUUGUUAUCAAAAUGGCUUAUUUUUCAGGCAAUAGGGACUAUUAAAUCAGGAGAAAAGCUUUUCAAAGAGAUAUUGCCUUUCUUUCCCCACAAAGUUCUUAUUUUUCUCUCCUAGUCCUCAGCAAGCACUAUAUUCAUUACCAGUGUUCAGAAUUAUGAGAUUCAAGUGAGUUUGUGUAUUGUUUACUUAUAAGAAAUAAGUUUAAGUAUGUGCAAGUAAAUUUCCAACUGCUAGCAAAAACAAGAUUUGUAAUUAAACAAAUGCAUAAGGUUGGUCUUUGACACAUUUAUGCCAAUGUCUGUUACCUUUCAUCUACCCUAUCUAUCAUCUAUCUGUCUACCUACCUACCUACCUGUCUUUCUAUCUAACAAUCUAACAUCUAUCUCAUGUCUGAAUAAUGUAAAACCACUGUUGGCAAUUGGUAUCUGCAAAGAUACUCAAACAUUUUUAAUAACCAAAGGCAGGGGAAAAUAAUUUUACUUAUUAAUAAAUAUUUUAUGGUAUGAA